AUGGGGCCCUUCAUCGCCGACUUGCUGCUGGUAGUGCACAGGGACAUGAGGUUUAGCAGUGGACUGGUGGCCACGUUGAUCAGGGAGCGGGAGCACUUGAAAGACGCGCCGAUCUCCGAGGAGGAGGUGAACUCAGGCUACAUCAACGCGGUGGGGCUCGUCCUGGUCGCGACGUUCUUCGGUCUUGUGCGGACGUUCGGUAGCUGGACGGACCUGGCGCAGUGGAACCCCACGCAUGUAGUGUCCGACUUCCUAGUACCGAAGCUCGUCGUCCUGGAGAAGCGCAGCGUCAAAUUUGUUAACAAGAACGCACGUGGCUUCAGCUAUCAGCAGCUGAGCUGCCACCACGCUGUUCGACUUGCUGUCGCCCUCAUUGGACUUGUUGGCUUCCCCGCGGUUGUGGUGGAGAUCAGCUGCGCCAGCUCACCGCUUAUUGCCUACUCCGCGCUGAACGCGACGCUGAACGAGCUGUUCGCCUACGCGCUGCAGCCCGCGCCGUCGGACGUGACACUAACGACUGUGAUAGGCGAACGCCCGUGGGUGGAGACGUAUAUUCACCCUACCGAGAAGCACGAGCUGUUCGGAGUUGACUCGCUCUACCGACGUACUACCGGAUUCCGAGGAGAUCUCGCGUUCGACGUCGACGUAUCGAGCGCAAACCCUCCUAACGUUCUCGUCCUUGGCGUGGAGUCGUUCAGGUAUCAGGACUCGCGCUACAUGGUGGGCCAAGGGGACCCGUCCAACCUGUUCAAGGGGACGGACAUGACCAUCACGCCCAACUUCGACCGGUGGGCGAAGCGCGGCGUCGCCAUGCGCAACAUUUGGUCGAGUAACCCGACGAGUCGAUCCUUGGAGAGCGUUCUAUUCGCCCAGGUGCCGUACGACAGCGCUGUGAAGACCGCCAUCACUGGUGGUAGGAACGGCACGGAGCUCUCCGGUCUGCCCCAGCUCUUCACUCAGAAAGGGUACGAGACCUGGUUCACAACGGGAUCUUCGAUCGACCUGGACGACUGGGACAAGUUCCUCCCUACGCACGGCUUCGACACGAUUUGGGACAACAAGAAGAUGAUGGAGAUCGCGGAGAGCGACCUGGGUAUCCAACCCGACGACUGGCUUGGAGACCCGCACCGCGGACUGAACUGGGGCGUCCACGACGACUUGAGCUUCCAGAUUCUGGGCGAUCUGCUCGUGAACAAGACCAAGGCGCAGCGUGAGCGCGUCGCCAGUGGUGAAGAGAAGAACCCUGCGUUCAUCACGCACUACACCAUCACCAGCCACGCGCCGUUCGACUCGUGGCCGAAAUGGUACGAGGAGGAGAAGCCCGACUUCUCCGUCUUCUACGAAGGCCACGCGCACGCGGAGCUCAUCGAGAGGUACCUGACCGUACGGUCCUUCACUGAUCUGGAGCUGGGCAAGUUCAUGGACCGCAUGCUGAAGGAAGGCGUGCUCAACGACACCAUCGUCAUCAUCACGGGAGACCACGGCCAAGCUCCGGAAGCGGACGUCACCAACACCCACGAAGAGUCCAUGACUCGAGUCGCAGCCGCUAUCAUCGCGGAAGGGCGAUUGGGUGACGCUGUGGGGAUGGUCAUCGAGGACGCUGUGGAGCAGUACGACUUCCUCAACACAUUGGCGGACAUCACCGGUGUCCCGGAGGGAGGAUUCAUCCAGACUGGAGUCGGCCGGUCACUCAAGCGCAAGGUGCCGUACGGGGAGCGCGUGGUGUUCAGUAACGAGCCGGCGCGCAAGAUGUCGCUCGUGCGCGGCCACCAGCGACUGCGCUACGACCAGGUGAGCGACGUGGUGACGCUGCACGAUACGGAGACCGACCACGCCAUGAACAUCGACCUCUUCCCGAACCUUACAGCCGAAGCGCAGGCCGAGUGGCAGACCUGGAGAGACUACGGCAGGAGACUCGCUGCGUACUACACGAAGCGAUGGGACGAGAACUGCCUGCUCGCCGUCAACUGCACCGCAGCGGCCUAA